CAGGUCUUUGUCUAGUCAAGGAAUAUUGAAAAAUGAUGCAAGUUGAAGUGUGACAUGCUCACUCGCUUGUAUAUUGUUGCCUUGUGACAACCUGGUGGGCGUGCAGCGCUCAUUUUGCUUCGAGGUCCAAAACCUCUUUAUUGGGCAGAUUGAAAGCUUAUUGGAUUCUGUUCGAGACCUACAGAAGGGACUUUUUUUUCUGCAGGAACAAAGUACUCCUGUUUUGAUCAACUUAUUGAAAACUGUCCAUUGCAGGUUUUUUCUUUAGCCAAUUUUUUUGGGUGGGGACAGAUCUUCCUGUCUAUGUGAACAUUGUAAAAAGAUGGACAGCCUAGACAACUCGUCUGUUUGCCAUGGGGAGGUGUGCACAUCCUACAGUGAGCGGCAGGUUUUUGCUGCUAUCUUUGGCAUCAUCUCUGUGGUGGGAACUGUUGACAAUGCCUUGGUCAUAGCCGCUGUGAUCCUGUCCAGGAAACUCCGCAAUGCUACAAACAUGUUUGUGCUAAACCUGAGCAUAGCUGACUUUUUGACAUGCAUCUAUACCAUCCCCAUCAACGUCUUCGCUGUACUAAAUGAGGAUGACUGGCCCCUGCCUAACGCCCCCUGCAAACUCGCAGGCUUCUUGCUGGUACUCUGUUCCAGUUGCAGCCUGAACAACCUGGUCUGUAUUGCCAUCAACAGGUACGUCAUGAUCACCAAAAGCAAGUCAACCUAUAAGAAGAUGUUCCGUGGGCGACAAACCCUGGCAGGGAUUAUCCUGACAUGGCUGGUACCCUUGGCUGGCACACUCUUCCCAGCUUGGAGUGGCAUCAUGGAAACAGGCUUUAAUCCUGACUCGUCCCUGUGCACAUGGGCCCCAGCUGGUCCCAAGCACGUUCAUGCAUAUCCAUUUAUUCUCUUUGCUUUAUCAGUGCCAAUUCAGGUCUUCCUCAUAUUCUUGAGUUACAUCAGCAUCUUUUGUCAUGUCCAUUCCCACACCAAGCGAGUCCGACGCAACAGCAAUCAUCAGAUACAAGUGACCAAGAAUCUUGCUCUUGUUGUGUUUGUCUUCAUGCUGUGUUACGUACCUUCAAGUGUACAUCUGUUGUUUUCCAUUCCUAACCAUGUGUGGUUUUGGCACUUAUCUUCUGCAUUCCUAUUGGCUAACAGUUGUGUGAAUCCGUUCAUCUAUGCAGCCAAGCUCCCCAACUUCAGGGUCGUUUUUUGUUGCAUAAUCCACGGGAAAUGGAAAGACAUACCAGAGAAAAUUUCAUGCCGAUUCUGCAUGUGAUCCCAGAAAAGUGCUAGAAAGUUUGACAACAUUUCAAGAGCUUUUUGAAUUCUGUGGAUAUGACAAGGGAGAUGUCAAGUUGUUGGGCAUCCAAGUUCAGAUAAUGUUUAAAGGAUUUUAUAUUCCUUGAGUGUUGACACAAACAACUUGUCUGUAUUACACAUUCUGCAUGUUAACCACUUCAUGCCGGGGCAUUUUUCAAUGUUGAUGAUGCUGGGCCGGCAUGACUGUCAUUUUUUCCGUUUUCAAAAUCCCUCAACAAUUCAUCAUUUCAUUUAACGGUUGUUUAUAGCUGUACCAAAUAAUCUCUAGGCCCUACUCUAAGUUGACAGGUGGCCUUCAUUGACGCCCGAGUAUUUC